AUUUCAUGCACACCUCUCUCUCUCUCUCUCUCUCUCUUUCUUGUUUUCUUCUUCCUGAUUUUGUUCUUCCAUGGAACCUCAACAACAGCCAGCACAACAAAUGCAGCAACAGCAACAACCAAACGAAGAUAGCAGCAGUAGCAAUACUAGCAAAAGCAGUUUUCUUUGCAGGCAGAGUAGUACAAGGUGGACACCCACCACUGAUCAGAUAAGAAUAUUGAAAGACCUUUACUACAACAAUGGAAUUAGGUCUCCAAGUGCGGAGCAGAUUCAGAGGAUCUCAGCUAGGUUGAGACAGUACGGCAAGAUUGAAGGGAAGAACGUCUUCUAUUGGUUUCAGAACCAUAAAGCUCGUGAAAGACAAAAGAAGAGAUUUACAGUUGACAUGGCCAUGCAGAGAAGUGUUGCAACUGGUGGUUGGAAGACUGGAGAUCCCAUUCACAACAAGUACACCAACAUCAGUCCUGGGGUUUCAUCUCCUUCUUCUCCUGGUGUACUUGCUGCUGGUCAGAUGGGAGGCACUGGAUAUGGACCCGUACUCAUGGAGAAGAGUUUCAGGGACUGUUCUAUAUCUGCUGGUGGUAGUGGUAUUGGCGGUGGGGGUAUGUGCAACAAUCUUGGGUGGGUCGGCAUUGAUCCAUAUUCAUCACCCUACGCUCUCUUUGACAAGAGGAAAUCCAUCGAAUACCUUGAAGAUCAAACUCCGCAGAUCGAAACGCUUCCACUCUUCCCCACGCACGGAGAAAACAUCGGCGGAUUCUGCACCGGAAAGGCAGACUCAGGAGGAUACUUCACAGACUGGUAUGGACCCAGCGACGAGAAAAACGACACCCCAACAUCCCUUGAACUUAGUCUCAACUCCUGCACGACCACAUCGCCGGAUUCUCCAUGA